GACACCACCAUAGCCAAUUCAAAUUAUUAAUUAAUCACCAUCAUCAACUUUAACAUUCACCAACAAAAUUGUAUCACCAUCAAUCUGUCAAAAAAAUAAAUUCGCAGUUAAGUUUUUUUGAUAAGUUAAAAUCGAUCGUGCUUUAUAGCUCCUGCUAAAUACUAAUAAUCAAAUUGUUCCUCCAUAGCUAUUUUAUCCACCAAAAAUAUUAUUAAUUGUGAAUUUGUGAUGUGUUAGAUAAUGAAAAUUGCAUAUUUGUGGAGGGUUAGAUAAUGAUAUUAAUAAUGUAAUUAUGAUGAAGUUAAUGGUGGAAGGCGAUGAAAUUGAUGUUGAUGGUAGUUGAUGAAAUUGAUAGUGAUGGGUCAAGUGACGAAGAUAUGGAGAAGGUAAAAUUAGUAAUAAAUUAAUAAAAAUAUAAUUUAUGAAGAAAUUUAGUUGAUAAAAAAAAAAUUAAAGUAAAAGGGAACAAUGUGUCGGGUGUAAUUGUGUCAAGAAGAAGAGGCGUGGUGGUAGGGGUUGAUGCACGAGGGGGUGCUGUGAAGAAGGAAUGCGUGGAUGAAGGGUAUUUUGUUUGGUUGGCUUGUUGCCGCGGUAGCAGGUUAUGCGCUGGAGGUUUACGCUGCUCCUAACAGUAUUCAGGGCAAACCCUGGAACGUUCCCGCCUAAGCACAGUUUGUAACACACACUCAAUAACCAGGCAGCUAAACAGAGAUUCGUCCCGCAAUCUUCAUGUCUGCUUCCAUCGAAUUGGAGGAAGAGAUUGAAGGAGACCAAAUUGGCUCCAAAAAUUAUCGUUUCUCCAAAAUCGGUACAUCCGUCCCUAUUCAAUCCGCCGAUGAUUCUUCUUUUGAUAUCGAAAAUGAAUGUCCUCCUUUGCAGCCUUUAGUUGUCUCCGAACAUUUUCGCCUUCUCUUCGUUGCCCAUUCUAAUGGGUUUUGUGUUGCGAGGACAAAGGAGGUUAUGGCAUCUGCGGAAGAGAUUAAAGAGAAAGGUGCUGGUCCGUCUAUACAGGAACUGAGUAUUGUGGACGUUGCUAUCGGAAAAGUAUCGAUACUUGCAUUGUCUGGCGAUGACUCCUUGCUUGCUGCUUGUGUUGCCAAUAAAAUCCAUUUCUUCCCUGUUAGCGCCCUUCUUUUCAAGGACCAAACACCAGCCUUUUCUCAUUCUCUCAACGAUUCAAGUAUCAUCAAGGAUAUGCAAUGGACUAGAAAGGCUGAAAAGGCUUAUGUUGUUCUCUCAAGUGAUGGAAAGUUGUAUAGCGGGGUUGGUCAAAGCCCCAUUAAAGAAGUUACGGACAAUGUUGAUGCUGUUGGGUGGAGUCCGGAUGGUGAGUUUAUUGCCAUAACAAGGAAGAAUUUGGUUAGCAUUCUAUCAUCAAACUUUGAGGAAAAGUUCAGCAUAUCACUAUCAUUUAAGUCGCUGCUUGAUGAUUCUAGUGUCAAGUACAUAAUUAAAGUGGAUGUUGUCAGAUGGAUUCGUCUUGAUUGUAUUAUAAUUGGAUGUCUUCAAGUUAAUGAUGACGAUAAGGAGGAGGAAAAUUAUGUGGUGCAAGUCAUCACAAGUGAGAAUGGAAGAAUAACUAAUCCUUCAGCUAAGCUAGUUGCAAGGUCCUUCAGGGAUGUAUUUCUUGACUUCCGUUAUGAUGCAGUUCCUUCAUGUACUGGACCUCAUCUCUUCUCAAGCUAUUUGGAUCAGCAUCAGCUGGCAUUUGUUGCUAAUAGGAAGAAUUUGGAUCAGCACAUUUUGCUGUUUGGAUGGUCAGUUGGUGAUACAACAAAUGAAGCUGCAAUUAUUGAAAUUUUGAAUGAUAGUUGGUCUCCAAAGAUUGAGGCUCAAGACAGUGGUGAUGAUAUCUUGAUAUUGGGACUUGCCAUCGACAAAGUUUCCCAAAAUGGGGAAAUUAAACUAUUUCUUGGUGAAGAAGAAAAAGAAGUUUCACCGUGUUGCCUUCUCCUUUGUUUUACCAAUGAUGGAAGGCUUUCCAUUUUCCAUUUUGCUAGUGCUACUGCUGCUUCAGUGUCACCCCAGUCUACUGAAUUUGAAGAGAAAAAUGAUACUUCUAUCGUGGCAUCAUCACAAGAUGUGCUAGUUGAAUCUUCCAGUGCUAGGAAGCAAAUCAACCAAUUAGAUUCAGGGCUGCGACCCCAUGAAAUAGACAGAGGUCACAAAAUUCUUUCAGUGAGUGCUCAAUCAUCUGCUGCUGAGAAAUUUAGCUCGGAAGAAGCGAUUAAAACCACAAAUCAGGACCAAGGUGCAAAUUUGGAGCAGUCCACAUCCAAAACUUCUGUGCCUGUUGAUGCUGGACGUAUGAAUAAUUUUAGGAUACAAGAAACUGAAAAAGUAGCUGAAGUUAAACCUGGUACAGUUUCUUUCUCAGGAAAUUCCUUGGGUAAUUUUUCCAUCCGUUCAAUCGGGCCUAGUGCUGGAACUGGCAGUGUCAUGGAGUUACCUGUAAAGACAACGUCGACAGUUUUUUCUACUGCUUCAUCAUGCUCAAGCAAACUUCACAUUUCUUCAAAAAGUGAUGACACACCCUCAUCCACAACAUUCAGUGGUCUUCUAAGAAGAACUUUUGAUUCUUCUGAUAGAAAUUCUUCUAGCGCAAAUGAGAAAGCUGGAACUUCAGUAUCAAUUGGUUCUUUCAAGCAAAGAGCGAUGGCGGGAGCAGGGGGUAUUGAAUCAUUACCUACUUUUCCAGGCUCAAGGUUGCAAUCACUGAAAGGUUUUCUGUCAGAGCCUUUGAAGCCUCACUUCACCAGGGAAACUUGUGAGGGAAUUCCAUCAAAGCAAUUCCACGAUGUUGAGGAGAUGGCCAGGAAAUUGGAUAGGCUUCUAGAAGAUGUAGAAGGUGAAGGUGGGUUUAGAGAUGCUUCUAUCCGUGCUCACAGGAGUUCAGUUUUGGCAUUGGAGGAAGGUAUAGAGAGUGUUUCAGAGAAAUGGCGGAUAUCGAGAGCGGUAAUGGAUGAGCAACUUGGGGAGGUCCAGCUUCUCCUUGACAAGACAGUACAAGUUUUGGCAAGGAAAGUAUACAUGGAAGGAAUAUUUAAGCAAGCUACUGAUGAACGGUAUUGGGAUCUCUGGAAUCGCCAGAAAUUAUGUUCUGAACUGGAGUUAAAGAGGCAACAUGUAAACAAAGUUAAUAAGAGCUUAACCAGCCAGCUUAUAGAAUUGGAGAGACAUUUUAACACUCUUGAGUUGAAUAAGUUUGGUGACACUGGCAGGAUAUAUACAAGUAAAAGCGGUUUCCAGAGCAGACCUGGACAACCCAGGAAUUUCCAGUCCUUGCACAAUUUACGUAACACAAUGACUACACAGCUAGCAGUAGCAGAGCAGCUUUCUGAAAGUCUCUCAAAACUGAUGACUGAUUUGAGCAUUGAUUCUCCUGCAAAACGUCAGAAUGUUAGGAAGGAAUUGUUUGAAACAAUCGGUCUAUCCUAUGAUGGUGCCUCUUACAAGUCUCCAGUUAGGGAAAAGGAUGUAAAUACACCUUUUAACAAGGAAUUAUCAGUGUUUCUUGCUGCUAAAGAACGAUCCAGGAGAAAGCAGACAAGUCCUAUGAAGAGCUCUGAACCAGAGACAGCAAGGAGACGCCGUGACUCACUUGAUCGGAAUUGGGCUAGCUUCAAACCUCUCAAAACAACUGUGAAAAGGAUCAUCCUUCAAGAAGAUCGCCAGAAGGAAUCUGCAAAUAGGUCAUUUUUGUCACUGGAUAAGAAACAGAGAUCAGCGACUGCUCAAUCAAAUAUCUUUAAUGCCUCUUCUACCUCUGCACCACAAGUUAGAAGCAAAGGUCUUGAUGAUACACCAGUAAAACAGUCCCCUGAAAAUCCCUUUUUCCAAUGGGCAGAUGAACUUCCAAGAAAUGCAGCUGAAAUGCCACCAAUGAGUUCUCCAGUCUCCUUACUGCAGCAUGAAUCGCAGUUGACUGCAGUCACUAGCCAAUCUAGUUUAGUAGAUACUCACAAUCUUGCUACGACAAGAGUAGGUGGAAGCACAAUACCACUUAAAGAUAUUGCGCAAAGAGGUGGACCAAAGGCCAUUCAGCAGUCAGGGAUGCAGCAGCCAACCUCGUCAAGUCCUCUUGCACAGACAUUGACCUCAAUCAAGUUUGCAACUGAGACUUCAAAUACUGAUGGUAAACCUGGAAUAACAGAACCUGUUAGAGAUUGGAAGAAUGCACCGCUGACAAGUGGAAGCACACAGUUUGAAUCUAACAGUAGUCCUAACUAUUCCUUAUCAACUGCUGCUGCUGCUGCUAAUUCUGCCUUCACUCUGUCUGCGAAGGUCAUACACUCAGAAGUUGUGAAUAAAAGCCAAGGUAGGGAGAUUUCAUUAUCUUCCCAAGCAUCAACACAGAGUUCCCCUUCGCAAGCAAAAAUCAUAUCGUCAGCCUCUUCGUCUUCUUCACAAGGGCCAAUGUUGUCACCAAUAUCAUCCACAUGGACAUCAUUUGAAUCUGUUUCUAAACCCAGUAGGGGUUCGAAUCAGAAGGUCUCUCAAUCAGUUGGUUCUCUGACAGAGUCUUCAUCUCUUCCAAGCACUCAACAGUUGGAUUUGUUACCCAUUACGCCUUCCGCAGAUAGUACAAGGUCUGAGUCCCCAACAAUCAUGUCUCGGCCUUCAGUUGCCAUACUUGAUACAAAGGUUGAUACAGAUUCUGACAGACCAACUUCACUUGCGAAUCUAAGUACGAAGAUAGAUUCACCACAAGAUUCAGCUUCACAGCCUGUGGUAUCUAUUAGUGUGUCUAACUUACAAGAUGGACCUUUGGUCCAAUCAAAUUCCACAAAUGAGCAGUCAGCCAGUUUGAAAUCUGCAAAUCAGGUCAAUUCUCGUGGGGCAUCAAAUCAAGUCUCAAAUGUGGACUUGAAUACUAUACCUGGACAGCCAUUUUCUGCUUCUGCCAUUCCACCAUCAAGGGCUGAUAGUGCAAUUGAUGUGAAGAGUGGUGAUUCAGAUGUUGUCACCCAUGAGGAUGAGAUGGAAGAGGAAGCUCCUGAGAAUAAUCAGAUGACUCAGAAUGCACUGGGUAACCUGGCUGGGUUUGGUAUUGGAACUGCCUCUACUCCAGUUUCUACAAAACCUAAUCCAUUUGGUGCAGUGUCACCGAAUAAUGCUUCAUCUCGAUUAAACUCCUUAUUUACAAGUACUGCUUCCGGCAGUGAGUUAUUUCGACCAGCAUCGUUUAGUUUUCAACCGAUACAGCCACCUCAACCAUCAUCACCUGCAAAUUUUGGUGCCUUUCCUGGUAGCUUCAGCCUCACUUCCACAAGUCAGGCUCCAGCAGUGAAUGGGUUUGGCCAGCCAGCUCAGGUUGGACAAGGGCAGCAUGCUUUAGGUUCAGUUCUUGGUACUUUUGGACAAUCAAGGCAGCUUGGUGCUGGAAUACCGGGAACUGGUGUGGGAUCUGCAAGCUCUUUUGGGAUAGGUUUUAUGAGCAAUAGCUCUGCUGGUGGUUUUGGGGGAGGAUUUUCUGGAGUUUCAUCUACUGGUGGCGGGUUCUCCAGUCUGGGUUCUGGUGGUGUUGGAUUUGGUUCUUCUGCUGCACCCAGUGGUGGAUUUGCUGCUGCUGCCACAGGUGCUGGUGGAUUUGCAGGAGCUGCCACAUCUGCUGGUGUAUUUGGAGCUGCUGCCACACCUGCUGGUGGAUUUGGAGCUGCUGCCACAGCUGGUGGUGGAUUUGCUGCUCCAACUGCUGUUGGUUCAGGCUUCUCAGGUGGUGGCUUUGGAGCUUUUAGCAGCCAACAAAAUGGUGGCAAUGGCUUCCCUGCAUUCAGUGGGAGUUCAUCUACUGCAAGACCACCUUCUGAACUCUUCACGCAGAUGAGGAAGUAGGUUCCAUGCAUACAACUUUUGAAAAAGAAUAAAUCAGGAAAGAAACAAAGGGAUAAAUGGAUGAUGUGAUAGAUGUUUUAUGUGUAGAUUGUUGUAUUCUGGUUCAGUUCACUUUUUGUUAUGAAGUCCGUUAACCGUCUUAAUAUUGGUUGUGGAUGAAGCCUAGUAAUGGGACUGACUUAAAAGUUAAAAAGUGUUUCCUCUUCA